AUGACGAAAGUUCUUGUUACCGGAGGCACUGGCUUCGUGGCCGGUCAUGUCAUUGACACUCUGUUGAAGCGUGGUCACUCCGUUAUCACCACUGUCCGAUCUCAGGAAAAGGCUCAAGCGGUACUGGAUGCUUACACAGACGUUUCUCAUGACAAUUUCAACACUGUGAUUGUCCCAGAUAUUGCGGCGCAUGGGGCUUUCGAAGGUCUGAGCUCUCUUGGACUCGAAGCUGUGAUACACGUGGCAAGCCCAUUCCAUUACAAUGUCACCGACCCAAAAAAAGAUCUCAUUGAUCCAGCUGUCCUUGGUACAACAGGCGUUCUCAAGGCGAUCAAGGAUUCUUGCCCCAAUGUCAAGCGUGUCGUCGUGACCUCCUCCUUCGCAGCCAUUCUGAAUCCUGGGCUUGCAUCAAUGGGCGCAGAAAAGACGUACUCAGAGGAAGAUUGGAGCCCAGUCACUCUUGAAGAUGCUUACUCGAAUGGCAUGAUGGCAUACGUUGCUUCAAAAGUCUUCGCCGAAAGGGCGGCCUGGAACUUUGUCGAGACCGAGAAGCCAAGCUUUACUCUGUCCACAAUCUGCCCGCCCAUGAUCUAUGGUCCCGUGAAAUUGCCGGUCAAGUCCCUCUCCGCAAUCAACACUUCGAACCAGCUUCUGGCGGAAGUCAUUCUGGGAAAGCACAAGGCAGGCCUGCCGCCCACGGGUUUGCCGCUCUGGGUUGACGUCCGUGACGUCGCCCUGGCACACGUAAGGGCCAUGGAGAUCCAGGGCGCCGGAGGCAAGCGUUUUCUCACAACAGCCGGCUUCUACAGCAAUGAAGAGAUGGCGAAUGCACUUUGGAACAGCUUCCCUUCAAUGCGGGAAAAGCUACCAGAGCCUGGUAGCUAUGGAGGAGCGCCCAGUCCGGCUUUAAGGUCCUUUGGAUACAACACGUCCCGGGCGAAGGAGAUUCUGGGCUUACAAUGGACUCCGUAUGAAAGGACUGUCGUUGACUCAACUAUAUCAUUGGAUGGAUUAGAGGAAUAG